AUGCCUGUCCCCCCACCCCUCCAUCCCCGCAGACAGAAACACCCGCCCCACACACACCUCCACCCCGAGCGGCGAGCAGCAGGCUCCACCUCCCCCCCCAUCCUCCCUCCAUCCAUCCUCUCUCUGUCUCUCCUCCCCCCUCUUCUGGUCUCGUCUUUGCCCUCCUCAUCCCACCUCGUCCACUGCGCCUGCCCGCGGGCGACCAAGAGGACGCUUCCCGACUCCGUCCCGUUCCCGGUGUUUCACUGGCUGACGCUGGUCACAUGCUGCCUGCUGCCGUCGCUGAUUGGAGCGGGGGAGACGUGGGGCGUGGUCUCGGCCUGUCCUUUCCACUGCGUGUGCCGAAACCUCUCCGAGUCGCUCAGCACGCUCUGCGCCGACAAGGGCCUCCUGUUCGUCCCGCCGCACGUUGACCGGCGAACGGUGGAGCUGCGGCUGGCCGACAACUUCAUAACGGAAGUGGGCGGAAUUGACUUUGUCAACAUGACCGGAUUGGUUGACUUGACUCUGUCCAGGAACACCAUCCACCUUAUCCGACCGAUGGCCUUCGCUGACCUGGAGAGUUUGCGCUCUUUGCACCUGGACGGUAAUCGCUUGACAACCCUUGGACCCAGGGACCUCGCAGGUUUGGUCAAUCUGCAACACCUGAUUGUCAACAACAACCAGCUGGUCAAAGUGUCGGCUCAGGCUUUCGACGACUUCUUACUCACGCUGGAAGACCUCGACAUGUCCUACAACAACCUCAGGAGGGUGCCGUGGGAGUCGAUUCAGAACAUGGCCAGCCUGCACACUCUGAACCUGGACCACAACCUGAUCGACCACAUAGCCGAAGGAGUUUUUGGAGAGCUGUAUAAGCUGGCGAGGCUGGAUAUGACCUCCAACAGGCUCCGAACGCUGCCUCCUGAUCCGCUCUUUGCAAGGUCUCAGACAGGUGCGAUUAGCCCCACGCCCUACAACGCCGUCAUCAGCCUGAACUUCGGGGGGAACCCGCUGCACUGCAACUGCGAGCUGCUUUGGCUGAGGCGACUCAUCCGCUCGGACGACAUGGAGACGUGCGCCACUCCUGCUCACCUGGCCGGAAGAUAUUUCUGGUCGAUUCCUGAGGAGGAGUUUACAUGUGAACCUCCUCUCAUCACCCGUCACACCCACAAGCUGUGGGUGCUGGAGGGCCAGCGAGCCACGCUGAAGUGCAGAUCCAUCGGUGAUCCGGAGCCGGUCGUUCACUGGGUGUCGCCUGAUGAUCGCAUCAUCGCAAACUCGUCCCGGACCAGCUCCUUCAGCAACGGCACCUUGGAUAUUUUGGUAACGGUUGCCCGGGAUGAUGGCGCGUACACGUGCAUCGCAAUAAACGCGGCCGGCGAAGCGACCGCCACUGUGGACCUGAAAAUCAUCCCCCUGCCUCACCGAGGCGGAGUAGGUGGAAACACGGGGAGCAACAGUGUUAACACCAAGAACAACAGGAACGUGACCAAUGGGAUUUUACGGACCGAUCCGGGCUCUUCGGAUAUCAGCACGGGGAAAAACGGAGGGAUUAACAACGGCGUGGGACGUGGGGGAGAGACGGAGGACGGGAGGAGAGUGGAAGAGGACGAGGGCGACAGCGGGAGGGCCGCCGAGGUGGAGAGGGCUGACGGAGGAAGCAUGGAGGACGACGAGGGGGACGACGAGGAAGGACGGAUGGUUGGAGUACAGGGGGUGACUUCGACCUCGGCUCAGGUUCGGUGGGAUUUGGGCCGUUUGUCUGCAGCUUACGUUGUCUGGAUGUAUCAGAUACAGUACAACUGCACCGCCGACGAAACCCUCAUCUACAGAAUCCUCCCAUCGACCAGUGACCGCUUCCUAUUGAAGAACCUGGUCUCCGGUGUGGACUACAACCUGUGCGUGCUGGCUAUCUUUGACGACACAAUCACAUCACUGGCCGCAACGAAAGUCCUGGGCUGCACCACGUUCUCCACCAAGGAUGUUUACCCAGCAUGCCGCUCCCUCCAAGCCCACUUCCUGGGCGGGACGCUCACCAUACUGGUCGGCGGCGUCGUCGUGGUCACCCUGCUUGUGUUUACCGUGGCGCUCAUGGUUCGCCACCGUGUUUGCAACCACGGCGACCACAUGAUAUGUCACAACAGCAACACGGAGGCAGGAGGCGGGGCCUGCUGCCAGGGCGGAGGUGUAGGAGGCGGAGACAAAGGGGGGAACAGCAGCGGGUGCUACCAAUCAAACGGUUCUGGAGACAUGAUGAUGGUGGUUCUGCCCAAUGGUCUGCCCUCUAAGAGAGGAGGGGAGAAGGACAAGGACAAGGAGAAGGAGAAAGAAGCAGCCGACUCUGCUUCUUCUCUGCCUCCCAAACUGCCUCCAAAGCCCAGGCCAAAGCCCAAAGUCAACCUGGAGCAGUUUCUUUCAACUGGGGGGGUGGUUUCCACGACGACGGGAGCAGGAAGUGAGAUGGCACUGGUGGUGAGGCAGCGGAAGCUGGAGAAGGCGCCUCCGUACAGCGCGGAAAGCGACAGAACUCCCCUCUACUACUCCCCCUCUCCUCCAUCCACCCUGCCCCGUCAGUCCCGUUCCAGGGAGCGCCCCAGACCCCGUCUGGAGCGAGAACUGACCAAUCGCGCCAGUUUCUCUCUGGCGGCACCCCUCAGAGACUCCGAGCUGUUGGACUGGAGAAUCACACCCAGGGGUAGGGACAGAUGGAACUCCUCACAGGCUUAUCAGAGCCCUGUAUCCCCUCUGAGCCCCGCCUGUGGCACCGUUAGCAAACGGCGGCACUCGCUGGACAUGGGCUCCUCUGUCGCCCUGGCGACUGAUGCUGCGGCGACGGUCGCCAGGCGGUACGGUGCUGUCAGUUACGCCAAGCGGCUAAGCGUGAUCUGGACGAGGCGGAGUCAGUCGCUUCAUGGGAUGCUGGUGCAGUGCGCCUCGACCACGAGCACGACUUCGUCAACGACCAGCGACGAGGGAGACAACGGAGGGAACUAUGGGGCUCACUGCGAUUUCCAACGCGGAUACAUCCACGCUUACAACACCACCAACUCCAACUCUAACACUGGGAUCACCACUGGGAAAGCAGGCAGUGUAAAAGACAAGAGCAGAGAGAAAGGGAAGGAGGGAAAGAGCGCUGAGGAACUGGAGGAGAGUGUUGUAUAGGGGU